ACCUCUGGAUGGAUGUAGAGCUACUUCCGAAUCCGGACCCGUGCUACGGAUCGUCUGUCGCCACGUCAAAACCUCCUAGCCGCGACCACGCUUCGCCCCGCUACAACUGGUCCGCCGCACGCCGCACGCCUCACGCCCCACGCCCCAUUCCCCUGUUACAAUCACCGAUCGUCCCUCCUCUCGAGUCUUUCUCUCCUCCCUCGCAAACUUUCCUCUUCCCUCUCUCCUCAGAGCAGCUAGCCACGACCAUCGAAUUGCCCCUUCCGCUACCGUCAACCUCCUUUACGACCGUCAUCCCGGACUGCCAGGCGUGAACUACAUCAUUACCGCCUAAAGUUUGUUAGCAAGUAAUUGUUUAACUUCAAACACUGCCUUCCGAUUUCGAGGUUAUAUUUCGCAUGAUGCCCCAAUUCCCAAAACUCCCUCAAUCUCUCUACAUCUGGCGCUCACUCGCCGGCGGGAGGUUCCGGCCACCUCCAGUUACGGUAUUGGGCGGCACUAACUGCCGCUUCGCUUCGAGCUACACCGCGACCUCUCGGGAACAAGGCUCGAAGAAGAUGCUAAUCUAUCUUCUUUCGCUGGCCGGGGCCAUGGUUGGCGCCUCUUAUGCGGCUGUUCCGCUCUAUCGCCGUUUCUGUCAGGCCACCGGCUAUGGUGGCACCGUUCAACGUCGAGAGAGUGUGGAGGAGAAGAUCGUGCGCCAUACUCGAGAUGGGACAACUGCUUCAAGGGAGCUUGUUGUUCAAUUCAAUGCUGAUGUUGCUGAUGGAAUGCCUUGGAAGUUUGUUCCUACGCAAAGACAGGUAAGAGUAAAACCUGGUGAAAGCGCACUUGCAUUCUACACAGCUGAAAAUCGUAGCUCAGCUCCAAUAACUGGUGUUGCUACAUACAAUGUCACCCCGAUGAAGGCUGCCAUCUACUUCAACAAAAUACAAUGCUUCUGCUUCGAGGAGCAGACUCUGCUCCCUGGAGAACAAAUAGAUAUGCCAGUGUUUUUCUAUAUUGACCCCGAGUUUGCGACGGAUCCCAAAAUGGAUGGCAUCAACAACCUGAUCCUCUCCUACACCUUUUUCAAUGUGAAAUGAGAGCUAUAAAAUUAGCUUUGCUGGACUACAUUAGAGAGUGGAUUGGCCUGAUAUGAUAUGAGAUAUAUCUGAUUCUCCUUGGUAGAAUAUUAAUAAAGCAACCCUGAUUGUUCCUUGA